UAUGUGCUUCUGUCCUUGUGCAUUUUGUCUGCAAACUUCUGUAGGAUAAAAUCCAGCCUCUACACUCUGCUCUCCCUCUUUCUCUCUAUCACUCUCACACAUACAAACACAGGUGCUGCUUUGGCAAAGCUCAGCCCUAUACAAAACACUCUAAUUCAAAAACACUUGUUUUGGUGCUGUGGUACUUAACAAUUUGACUUCAUGGAGGAUUAUCAUAAACCUGACCAGCAGACAGUGCAGGUGCUGAGGAACAUCGCCAACCGCCUCCGAAUCAACUCCAUUAAGGCAACGACUGCAGCUGGAAGUGGCCAUCCGACAUCAUGCUGCAGUGUAGCAGAGAUCAUGUCUGUGCUUUUCUUUCACACCAUGAAGUAUCGCCCGGAAGAUCCAAGGAAUUUCAAUAACGACCGUUUCAUCCUUUCCAAGGGCCAUGCUGCUCCCGCCUUGUAUUCCAUGUGGGUUGAAACCGGUUUGCUGAAGGAGAGCGACCUGCUCAGUUUAUGCCAGGUUGACUCAACCCUGGAGGGCCACCCUACUCCGAGGCAACAAUUUGUCGAUGUAGCCACUGGAUCACUGGGGCAGGGUCUUGGUGUGGCCUGUGGGAUGGCUUACACUGGCAAAUACUUUGAUAAGUCCAGUUACCGUGUGUACUGUCUGCUGGGGGAUGGGGAGAUGUCGGAAGGCUCUGUUUGGGAAGCCAUGUCGUUUGCCUCCUAUUAUCAGCUUGACAACAUGGUCGCCAUCAUGGACAUCAACCGCUUAGGCCAAAGUGACCCUGCACCCCUGCAGCAUCAUGUUGAGAAAUAUCAGAAGCGCUGUGAGGCUUUCGGCUGGCAUGCCAUUAUUGUGGACGGUCACAGCAUUGAAGAGCUUUGCAAGGCUUUGAGUCAGCCACGUCAUCAACCCACUGCAAUUAUUGCUAAAACCAUCAAAGGCAAAGGCAUUUCGGGUGCAGAGGAUAAGCUGGGCUGGCAUGCCAAAGCUUUGCCCAAGGACAUGGCUGAAAUGGUUAUAAAGGAUCUGCAGAGCAGGAUUAUGAACACCAGCAAGCACAUUUACCCUCCUGCUCCCAUGGAAGACUCCCCCCCAGUUAGCCUGAGGAACAUCCGCAUGCCAAGCGCACCCAACUACAAACCUGGAGAAAAAGUUGCUACUCGCAAGGCCUAUGGAAUGGCACUGGCCAAGUUGGGUCGCUACAAUGAACGUGUGGUGGUCCUCGAUGGAGACACCAACAAUCUCACCUGUUCUGAGAUCUUUAAGAAUGAGCAUCCAAACCGCUUUAUUGAGUGCUACAUCGCUCAGCAGAACAUGGUCAGCGUUGCCAUGGGAUGCAGUGCACGGGAGAGGAACGUUGUAUUUGCCAGCACCCUCGCCUCCUUUUUCACUCGUGCCUAUGACCAGAUUCGCAUGGCAGCGAUUUCAGAAAGCAACAUAAAUCUGUGUGGCUCCCACUGCGGUCUGUCCACCGGAGAGGAAGGCCCCUCUCUGAUGGCUCUAGAAGACAUGGCUAUGUUCAGGGCUAUUCCCACAGCUACAAUCUUCUACCCCAGCGAUGGCAUUACAACAGAAAAGGCUGUGGAACUGGCUGCAACCACAAAGGGUGUUUGCUACAUCCGAACCAGCCGCCAAGAUAAUCCGGUCAUCUAUAACAGCAAUGAGGAUUUUCAUGUCGGACAGGCAAAGGUGGUUUUCCAGAGCAAAGAUGAUCAAGUGACUGUAGUUGCAGCUGGGGUGAUGGUGCAUGAGGCCCUUUCUGCUGCUGAGCAUCUCAAGAAAGAGAGGAUCUCUGUAAGAGUGAUCGACCCUUUCACAAUCAAACCUCUGGACAUUAAAACCAUCACCGACCAUGCACGAGUCACCAGGGGAAGGAUCCUGAUAGUUGAAGACCACUACUACGAAGGUGGUCUGGGGGAGGCAAUGUCCUCAGCAAUGGUCAACGAGUCUGGAUUUACUCUGCACCGCCUGGCUGUGUCCCACAUCCCGCGAAGCGGCAAACCUCAUGAGCUCCUGAAGAUGUACGGCAUAGACCGUGACGCCAUUGCUCAGGCCGUCAGAAAGAUGCUCAGCAGUUCUGCUAAUGCCAAGUAGUUCUCCCUGUGCCCCGCCCACCUUUAUAAUUACACUAUUCCAGAUGGCGACAGAUAGUCACACUCAGAUUUGUUCUGGAAACACACUAACCCUUUUUUUUUUAUCUUUUGACAUUCACUGUAAAAAACAAAACCAAAUAGUCUCUGAUGUGUUGUGAUGUUGUGCAGUUCACCUUGAAGUAGACAUCAGCUUUACCCAUUUUUUGUGCAUUCUUCCUCACACAUAAUAUCUCUGUAACACGCAUUUUCACGCAUAAUCUCUACCUUCUUAUGGAACUAUAGUCCAAAAAUAAGAUGUUUCCAUUUCUUAUUUUUUUCAUUUUAUAAAUAGUCAUUGUGCAAAACUAUUUGUUGUAAUAUUUUAACAACACUAGAGAUGUAUCGGUCUGAGCUCUGUGGCUGAUUUUAAUCUUCCGUUUUGACCUGCAAUCCCUUUUAACCCAUUUCUGUUAAAAAAAAACAAGAAAUUCCAUUUUAUUCUGAUCUUUUCAUCAUUAACAGUAAUUAUUAUGUUCAAAGUAAUAUCAGCAUGUUUGAGUUAUUUGUCUUUGUAAAGCAGGAACAAAAAACAGGAACAAAAUGAUCACAGUUCAGAUUUUGAGUUGCCUUAUCAUCUUACAUUAGCAAUUAGCAUGGCAUAGCAUCCAUCUCUGUGUUUUACCAGGAGUGUCCAUUUUUAUCUGAAUUCUGAGCUUUCCAAAAGGCUGUAAACUUUUCCAAAUGCAUCCUUUUUUCCAGGACCAACAGAGUUAUUGCAAACAGGGGGUACCCAGGCUGAAAUAUUUCCAGUUCUUGGCAUAUGGCAAUCGGUCGAUUUGUCCCUUUUACUCAAUUUUCAAGUUGGUGAAAGUCUUGUGGAUAUUUGAUCAUAAAAAAUGACUAGAAAAUGACAACGAUACAACAUUUGACUCAAAAAUACAGUUCUGAAUUCUGAACUUCUAGUUGGCUGGUGACUGGUUAGAAGUCUGCUGCAGCUGUUUUGUCAAUGCUUCUCUUCAUAUUAGUUACGCUUUCAUGUGCUUCUUAAAUUUACCUUGUUCAACAAGAAAUAGUUGUGUAUUACUGUUUUAAUAUUGGGUGGGGACCAGUUUUCAUGUAGGUGUUUGUUGUGUCAACAGAGUCAGAAAGGAUUCAUAUGGUUCUUGUCUUUAGAAGGUGGCAGGGGCAGAAAAACACAGAAUAAAAACAAAGAAAAUGCUUUGAGGUUAUAACCCAUAUGCCACUAAAUAAGGUUUUACUUCCUCGUUCUUUCUUUUCAGCACUGUUUAUAAUAUCUAUUUUAAAGGCGUCCAAACAAAUACACCUCAGGGCACCAGAUCCAUCCAGUGUUGGUCCAGAGUAUGACUAAUAAAGAUUGUGGCAGUGAUUUCAGUUACGUCUCA